UAGACCCGCAUCACUUCUCUGGUGCGGGAGAGCGCAUCCUACACAGCGCUGGCACAGCUCCUCACCCUCUGUUUCCAUGCCAACUUACAACUUCCUGUCAGCGGUGCCCAUAUUGCUCCAUCCCAUUGGAAAGAGCCACCUGCCCUGUCACCAGAGAAGCUGCCGCAACUACAUGUGAGGGGAGGCAGGCUCCUCGGUCAGGAAGCAUUGCUGUGAGGGAGUAAAGAUGUCUACAGAGGAGGAGAACACCUACCAGGGAGACAUGGAGGAGACCGACGAUGUUCUGGCAGAAGAGUUAUCUUUUGGAAGUCCUGAUAUCAUGUCUGUGGGCGCUCAGACAUUUCCUCCAGGAGGGCCUAAUGGCAUUCUUCGAAGUCAGUCAUUUGCCGGUUUUAGUGGCAUUCCAGAAAGGAGAUCUAGAUGUAGUUCUUUUCUUGGAAACUCUUCCGUUCCUAAAAAGCCGCAAGCAAAGCAAAAGAAAAUGCACAAUCUGGGCCACAAAAACAGCAGCUCUUCCAAAGAACCUCAGCCAGAGAGAGUAGAAGAAAUAUAUAGCGCCUUAAAAAAUGGUCUUGAUGAGUAUCUGGACGUUCAUCAAACUGAGCUAGACAAGCUGACUGCCCAACUAAAGGACAUGAAGAGAAAUUCAAGACUGGGGGUCUUAUAUGAUCUGGAUAAGCAAAUCAAGACCAUUGAACGAUAUAUAAGACGACUGGAAUUUCACAUGAGUAAGGUUGAUGAACUGUAUGAAGCAUAUUGUAUCCAGAGGCGCCUACGUGAGGGGGCAUGUAAGAUGAAGCAGGCGUUUGCUGCUUCACCUUCAAGCAAGGCGGCUCGGGAGAGUUUGUCUGAAAUAAACAAGAGUUACAAAGAGUACACUGAGAAUAUGUGCACAGUUGAGUCCGAAAUGGAACAUUUAUUGGGUGAAUUCUACAUCAAAAUGAAAGGCCUGGCUGGAUUUGCACGACUGUGUCCUGGAGACCAGUAUGAGAUAUUCAUGAGAUAUGGAAGGCAAAGGUGGAAACUGAAAGGAAAAAUAGAGGUUAAUGGCAAGCAGAGUUGGGAUGGUGAUGAGAUGUUUUUCGUCCCUCUGAUUAACAACUUAAUAUCGAUUAAGGUAACGGAGCUUAAGGGGAUUGCAGCCCACAUCCUAGUUGGAAGUGUCACCUGUGAAACAAAGGACCUCUUUGCUGCACAUCCUCAGGCUGUUGCUGUCGACAUAAAUGACCUUGGUACUAUCAAACUUAACCUUGAAGUAACUUGGUGCCCCUUCGAUACAGAGGAUCUGACGCCAUCUACAGGCAAUAUAAAUAAAGCUGCCGCUCUCCAAAGAAGAGUCUCCAUAUAUAGCCAGGGCACCCCUGAGACACCCACAUUUAAAGACCACUCCUUCUUUUCAAAUCUGCCAGAUGAUGUUUUCGAUAGCAGCGUGGAAACCAUUGAGAAGAGAGCCCUCUCAUUAAGCUUUGACGACUUGCCUAAUGGUGACUGUACACCACCAAGAUCAACUCCCUCGUCUUCUCUGGGCUGCUCAAAUCCCGAAAUCACAGUCACUCCACCAGAGCAUAACCUCAGUGACUUGUCAUCAGAGGAACCGGUGAAAGACAGUAUGAGUGCCAGUUCUUCUGCAGAUGCAGUUGGUCAGUCACAGGACUCGCAGUCCAUUGCAGGGCGUGCUAAUGAAACUGAGGAAACCUUUGUAGGAGAUAAGUCAGACCUUGGUGCUUGCCAAAGCCAUCUGCCCACUGUGGAUAGUAACAUCUACAUAACUUCAAAUGUCUCAGUGUCAAUUUUGCAAGACUCAGAGGAAGUCUCUGAGCUAAAGCCUGUGGAGCUAGACAAUUGUGAAGGAAAUAUUACCAAGCAGCUGGUAAAAAGGCUGACAUCAGCAGAAAUAUCUUCUGCUCCAGAGAGACUCCAGUCUGAUUAUUCCACAUAUAGUGAAGCUGAAGCUUCUAGGUCCUUCUUGGAUGGAACUUUAGAGGAAUCUUUGCAAGGACUCCUCCUUACUCUUGAGCCUUGUAAAGACCAGUAUCCAGAGUACCAAGAAUUGUACCAGGAAAUAACCCACCUUGAAGAUGUCCUAAAAUGCAAGCCAUCUGUAAACCGAAGCAGGUCUUCCAGUAUAAGUCUAACUGUUGAGAGUGCUUUAGAGAGCUUUGAUUUCCUGAACACCUCUGACUUUGAUGAUGAUGAUGAUGUUGAGGAGGAUGGUGGUGGUAUGGUUUGUAACGGUGGAGGUGCAGACUCCGUGUUUGCAGACGCGGUUGUGGAAAAGACAAGUUACAGAUCGGACCACCCAGAAGCCAGGGGACACCUGAGCGAGGCACUAACUGAAGACACAGGUGUUGGCACCAGUAUUGCAAGCAGUCCCCUGCCCCUCACUACAGGAAAUGAGAGCCUGGACAUCACGCUGGUCAGGCAUCUACAGUACUGCUCCGAACUUAUUAAGCAAAUGAUUACUUCGAGUCAAGUGCUGUUUGUCUUGAGAGAUCUGAAGAAGAAACUUACUAGACAAAGUCAAGUGAUCAAGCAAUUGGCAGAGAUCAGCAAAGACAACGUAGGCAACACAAAUUCAGUUGUAGAAGUUAUCUCUGGAUUUCACGACAUGCCGUCACUUCUAUCCUUCUGGACGAAAUGCACCACGCCUGCUCACAUGUACCACAUAAAUGGCGACAAAAUGGUAAAACAGCUGCAUGAAAUCUUUAGCCAGAUGGUGAAUUCUGAAAGUCCAGGACUUGCUGAUACAGUAUACAGAACGCUGGUCACUCACAUUCUUGACAAAACAGAGGACAUGUUAUUAUCUAAUCUGUCUGCAGAAACAAUAACCGUUUUUCAGUAUUACGAUUUUUUCAGUAGCCAUAAUAUUUCAGACCUUAAAAGCUAUUUGAUGCACCUCGCUAAGGAAGCUUCAGCGGAGCCAGUUCCUCUGACCUCAGUGGAUCCUGGUGAAAAGGCAGGUCUGGAAACAAGCACGCUGCCUCAUUCCUCGGAAAUUCUCACUUCAUUAAAUCUGCUGCUGUCUGGAAAUGACAGUGAUGUCAGUCAUGCACUCCACUUGUUCGCCUCUGCUGCAUCAAAAUCAAUGGAGUCCAGAGAAAAGGUCCUGGAGUACUGUUGUGAGGCACUGACUCAACCAGAAGUUCACCUCCAGAAAGCUGCAUGCUUGGCUCUUAGAUGCCUUCAGGCUACCGAAAGCAUUAAUAUUCUUGUCACCGUCUGUCAGUCAGAUAAUAAGGAGCUUAGUAAAGUGGCAUCGGAGACAUUGCUAUCCCUAGGGGAAGCUGGAAGGCAUGCAUAUGAAAUCCUUCAAAAAGCAACUUCUGAAGAAGGUGGAAGGCAAGCACAUGAAUGUCUUCAGAAAGCCUCUCUACAAGCAGAUGAUGGAAGGCAGGUAUGUCAAUGUCUUCAGAAAACCACUCCAGAAGCAGAAGAUCGAAAUCAGACAUUUGAAUGUCUUGAGAAAGCCUCUGCAGAAGGAGAAGAUGGAAUGCAAGUACAGGAGAAAGUUGCUUCUGAAAGAGAAGAUGGAUGGCAGGUACAGGAGAAAUCUGCUUGGAGAAGAUGGAAGACGGGCAUUUGAAUGCCUUGAUAAAGUAUCUCCCGAGACACAAGAUAGAAGGCAGGACUAUGAAUUUCUAGGGGAAGCCACUCCAGAAAUAGCUACUACAGAAGAGCACAGAGUCCCAGCUACUGCAACUGCUUUUUAAUGUCCUGUAGGAUUCACUUGAACAUUGGAAUGGAUGUCUGAGUUCAGAAGUUGGUGCUGUGCCUAGCAGAAAAUAUAUUGAUAAUGAACGCAUAAAUAUAUAUGGGCCAAUGUAAAUUUGAUAUCAGUCUUUUCAUGUCUUGUUGAGAUUGACUUCAUUACCCAUAAUCCUUUGGUGCAGGGUUGGCAGGAGAUACUACUGUAUAACCCAACAUCAGUGUAGUCAUAUCUACAUUUAUAGUUUUUUUUUUUUUUUUAUCUUUUCAUUCAGUCCAUACUAUGAUCUGAUAUAAAAGUCAAAAUUACUGAAAUAAUUCCCCUGCUUGUGGUUAAAUCUGCGUUAUUUCUUUGGGAAGCAGCACUACGUCAGCCCACAGGCUAAAUCUGGAUUUACAGUUCAGUCCGAUUCGCUUGGAUGUGGAGAACCUCUUUAAACAAACAAAUGGGUCUCACAACCAGGAUCAGUUAUUGUAAUUUAUUACCAGGUUUUACUAGUUUUACUUUGAUUCUUAUAUUACAGUAGAUUUGUUUUUAAAACUAUACCUACAUUUACGCAUGCAAGUGUCGUUUUUUUUCGCCUCCCUACACGUGACGCCGAUGUCCUAAGUCAUGUUAUCAGUUUACUUUUCAUGCAGACCUAACAAUGGGCCAGACAGAAUUACAAAGAUUAUGGUGAGAUUUGAUCAUUUAAUUUAAAUUAUAAACCACUAUAAAAGCAACAGAUUUGGGCACACCUCCAGCACCCAAAACCAUACCUGAACAAUAGGCUGUAGAGCCAGCCAGAAUCAUGGCUUUGACCCUAGAAAGGCAUAAGAACUCAUGCAACCUCCCUUCAAGAUGGCUUGAUAUCUACAGGUUCAUAGGCAUCCAGUUAUAAUGCGGUAUAACUAAAGGAAGGUGAUAGAACUAGUAAUCUAGUGGUAUGACAGCUUCUGCUGUCUAGAACAGUAGGAACAACCUGGCUCUGUUUUUAGCAAUCUUGUACAAUUUGUAAACUGUAUAUAGCGAUUAAGUGAUGCUUUUUGUUUGCAGUUUGGCAAUAGUUUUGUAAGGAGGUACUUUUGUAAAUAUGUUUUCUUGCAAGAAGGAUGGGCCCAUUUUUAUCAGACUACAAAUAGAUAUUUUAUAUGCUGUCUUGAACACAUAUUUUUAUCUUACAGUGAACUAUUCUAUGUAUAUAUAAGUUCAGUGAAACCAUUAGCCAUUAUGACCAGAGGAAGUGCUAAACUUGGUGCUUGGAUACUCUUUAAUAAAUGUGUGAUAGUGAUAGGUUCUCCUUAUGUAUGGACAUCAGUAUGGCUAAUUUGAUACUCAUGGCAGAGCUAUCUGGCAGAAUGUUGCGAAAGAAAACAAACUGCCAGUGUUCUCCAGAUCCAGCAUAGCCAGGGAUGCCACGUGCACAAUGGAUUCCAUUGACUAUAAAUGCCGGGAUUCGGCCAGACAAUAAAUCACUACAUGCAACCUUUUUAUCCAGCCAAAUCCCAACAUUUACGCUGGGGGGAGGCCGAAUUCCAGGUCCAGCGGGCACUCAGCACUAUCUGGCUUUGGAUCCAGAGAACACCGGAAAGCUCUCCUCUGCCGGAUAGCUUUGCUGUAACUGUGAUGUUAGCCUAUGAUAGAUUUAUUCAAUUCCACCCACUAAAGAUCUCACUAAAUUCCUCCUGCUAAUGACUAGCUGAGAAGGAGCCUGUUUGGCACCUUGGUGUAGCUUUACACCAAUGCCCUGAUUUAAAAAGAGGACCUGUCACCUCUCCUGACAUGUUGUGUUGUUCCUCCGUCAUUGCUUAUAUAAAUUAGGAAUACAUUGCCUACUGGGUGUUACCAUUCCCCCUGUCAGAGGGGUUUGUCCCUGGAUUGUGUCAGACUGCUCAGGGACACAUCCCCACCUGGAAACAGUUGUCAAUUUAUUCAUAAACUUGUAGUAGGGAUAACAGAGGAAUGGCACAACAUAGAGCCAUAAGAAUAGAUACUCUAGAAUUCUAAUUUCAUGUGGAGUGCUAGCAUUUACUAAAACAGACAUGUUAGGACUAGAGACAGGUCCUCUUUAAAGCGCCCUGUCAUAGUGAUAGGUUCUCCAAUCAUAGUCUUUUAUGGUGUAUCCGCUGGAGCUUAACCCAUGGUGAAACCCCCAUUCGUCCUAAAAACGGAGGUGCUUGGUCCCUAAGAAGUGACCAUAGAUGAGCAAUUAUUAAAGUCAAAUAGAUAUAAGGAAACAGCCAAAGAGUGUGGGCCAAACACCCCUGUUCCCUAGUCAAUGUGCCAUAAAAGUCUAUGGGAAAGAACGCUUAAACUACAUGACGUGUUCAAUACCAGUGGUCAUUGGAUAUUACAUUAAGAUGCGGAAAGUGUCACUUGAUUUUAUAAUUGCUGAAACUGAAGACUUCAGAGGCCUCAGCUUAUAGGCAUUGUAAAGAAGCGCAAUGGUAAAGCUGUACCAACAGCCCUAAUAAGUAGGAACCUUACAGAGUAUCAUUAUGUAUUCCUAAGAUGUCUCGUUUUAUACAUAAUGUAAUGUAUAGUGUUAUUUUACUACAUUGUAUAUUAUAUUGUAUAUCCUUCUUUACAGACUAAGAGAUACUGGAGCAGGCCCUUACCUUGUAUCUUGUUUCUUUGCCAUAUUACUGUAGUGUACUUGUAGUCGUGAUAUAACUCGUUCCAGUGCAACCUUAGAUUAUGGGUGACUUACAAGUCAUGUCAGAAUGACUGUCAUUUGGUUACUGCUUCGUUAAAAUGAGCCACAUCAACCAUCUCUGUAAUGUGGCAACCUUAGAAUACGUUCUGUAAGCUAAAAUCCCUUGCCCACUUGACAACUACACCAAUGACACCAGCAGGCAACAGAAACUUCUGGUCAGCAAAGUCCAGACGUAAUGGGUCAGAAAUACAGAUAAUUCAGCGAUAAAAAUGAAUAAAUUAGUCCCACAGACCAUUUUAUCGUGGUUCUGAGAAUUAUAUCCUAUUGUUGAUGAAUGCAGGAUCUCACCGCUAUGUGACCUGCAGCCAAAGGAAUCCUAAAACUAAAUCCGUAGUAUGUCACUAAAGUGGUUGGCCAAGGGGGGGUUGUUCAAACUGGGCUGUCCAGUGACUGUCCAGUUAAUGCAAUGCAAAUAAUACAUGCCAAUAUCUGUAAGGCUCUGUUCAUAUAACACUUAGCGUGUAUGCUGGGAGCUAAGCUCCAUUCACUUGCCACAGGCCAACCGCAUGUCCAUUUAAUUUUCUUCAAGCGGUAUACUAUAUUCAGUAUAGUGGGAAAAAAAGGUAUAGAAAUGCAUAGUAGACUACGCUAUUUCUUGCAAAUGGUACCGCACAGUGUUCUUUGUUUUAUAAUAGGAGUCUAUGGGUGGAUUAUCCAUUUAAACAGUGGACUACGUUGCAACUUUCCAACAGCCGUUUGCAUCGGGACCUUUUACAUCGAUGUAUAACUCAAAUGGAGGGCCAUAGUAUGAUGGGAAUAGACUGUAAAAUGUAAGCUAUUGCUGGUUACAGAGAAUCGGAAUGGCAUGUGAUCCAUGCAGUCUACCACUCUUUUAUGAUAAAGAAUGAAGCUUAUGCUCCCACCCAAGACAUGUAUGCCCUGAUUGAUUAAGACCGGGGUGUGCUACGCCAGUUUUGAUAGGGCCUGCGCUGCCGGAGGAGACAUUUUUUAUUUAUGAUGAGGUUCAGUCCUCCUCCGGCAGUCCGUGCACCAAACUGAAAUCUGUAAUCAGCUAUGAUUAAGGACUUCCUUCCGAAAAAUGUCAGCGGUAUCUGUGCUACACACGUACCUGGAUUUUAAACUAGAUUAAUAAAGUAUAUUUUUAUACAUUUUGUUGCUCCUGCUGCUGGAUAAGACAUUCAUUUUACCUGUUAAAAGAUCUUGCUCAUAUCUGGUGUAGCUUUCAGUCAUCAUUUACCCCAGCUGCUGGCAUAAAUGAUGAUAAAUAUACCAGGGCCUAUAACCCGUCCCACACCCCUUUUAUUUUUUUAACUGCGGGUUGCAACUGGAUGUAGACGCAAUGGUUUUUUAAAAAAAGUCACAAAACUGGGUUUUGCUGCUUUUUUAAGCUAAAAAGGGGAAUGAUAAAUAGUAUAUAAUGAUAUAAUAGUAUAUAAUGUUGAGAGCAACGUCUUGAAAGUGCAAAAUGUUCAGUGAAGCAUACUUCGGUCGCCUCUUUCCCCAGUACCUAUAGUAAUUGGGGAGGAAAUAAAAUGUUGAUAUGGUUUUGUAUUCUCAUGAGCACAUUUCUAUUUAUUCAGGGAUAUGCAGGUAACUGUACGCUAUCAUAAUAAUGUAAAUAAAUGUUGAGUCGCUCUCCUUUCAUGAGCCGAUGAAAGUGACUGGUACUUCUUCUUCUAGAACAGUGCCCUUGAUGUCAAUCCAUUGUCAUAAUGUAAAUGUCAACAAAAGGUAAGAGGUUUCCACGCACCUUGACUUAUGAACAAAAGCUUUUGGUGCUUUGAAAUGGCCAGGAGUAAUUGAUGAGGCAUUGUUACUAGUCCUUCUAUACAGCCUGCAAUGUAGUACGUACUGUAAUGCUAUGUAAAAACUACACCGUUCCAGCAUUAACAUUUGCCAAGACACCUGGCAGAACCUAUUUUCUAAAAGCGGUGGAGACCGUGUAUAUUUAUUGAUAGAUUAUAUACUUAUUACACUGUACGUCUCUCUUCUUUAUGGAUUUAUUUAACAUGAACAAAGUAAAAUUAUUAGUUACUUUAAAUUGUUGCUUUAGGUGAAGCAAGAUCCGUGAAGCUCGCUGGUCCUUGAAAAAGAUUAAUGUUAAACUCCUAGCAGUGUCUUGUUCUAUUGCAUGAGGUGAUCCCUCUGUCGGACUGACCUGUGCUAUUGUGCCUUUUUAGAUCGGCUGUAUUUGUACUAAGCCCAUUUUCCUUUAUGUAUAAGUUACAAUAAAGACUAUUUUUGAAAUACUA